AAAAUUAAUAUUAUAAAAAUAAUAAAAUAAAAAAUAUAUGAUUAAAACAAUAAAUAUCAAGAAAGUUAGGUUAUCUUUCUUUAUAUCAAUCAGCUGGGAUAAGUUUGAAUCAGAAAUUUAUAAAUAAUUUGUAAUAAGUUUAUUAAAUUAUUAUUAAUAUAAAAUAAUAAUCUAGAGAAUCAAAUGCUAAACAAAAUUUUAUUUAAAAAACUAUAAAUAAAAUAGUGAUUUUAUGAAUACAAAAAAAAUGAAUAAUGUUUUGAAAUCUGAAAAUGACGAAGUUAAACCAAGUAUUAUAUUAGAAAGUCAAGAUAUUGAAAAGAAUGAAAUUGAAAAAUUAAAAGGAGAUAUUAUAGGAAAUACUCUCUAUAGUGGCAAAUGGAUAAUUAAUAUUUUAUUUUCAAUAUCAAAGAUUUCUGAAGAUGGUUGGAAUGAAAAGAUAGAAAAUGAUUUAUGCACAUUAUGGGAUAUGACUACAGAAAAAGACAUUGUCCAUUUUCUUAUGGAAAAUCACUUUUUUAAAAUUGCAGAAUUUGCUUUGAAGUCUUCUGAAGAACCAAGAUUUACGGAAAUAAUUUUGGGAAUAAUUGGGAAUAUGACUUGUGAAUCAUCAGUACUUGACUUAUUAGGAGAAAAAGAAGAACUUCUUGAUAUAAUUCUUCAUCUUCUUUCAUCUGAAGAUACUGCUAUAUUAGUGCAAAUACUUCGACUUUUACGUUCUGCACUUUGGAAUAUUCAAAUGAAUUUAAAGUCAAAAUGGAGAAUUAAUUUAAGAAAAUCAACUUUUUUGAGAGAAGUAGUUCCUUUUAUUUUAAAAAGUUCUACAAAUGAAGAACUUUUGAUUGCAACCACAAAUUUUCUACGUUCUUCAGCAGAAAUUGAUUUUCCAUCUGGAAGAACAUUAUUGGAUGAAUUAUUUGAAUCUUCUAGUUUUUUGUCAGGAAUGUUAGAAUCUUUUGAAGAAGUUUUUCCUCAGGAUGAAACUUUUUAUUCAGUUUCAACUUUGAAAUAUCUUGAAGAUUGGUUAGAGCUGUUUUCAAUUCUUCGGAAAAGUCAUCAAAUUCAUCAAGAAAUUUUACAAGAAGAUAACUUAAUUAGAAUAGUAGAAAUUCUACGAAGAAUUUUAAUAAGUUUUACUGAUCCAUGGAAUCUUUAUCCUUUAGAUGAAAUCAAAGCUUCUUGUGUUCAUAGAUGUGCAGAAAUGAUUCUUGAUUUUCGAUGGAAAGGAUUUUUAAGAGCAGAUUCUACUAUUGAUAUAGAUGCAACAAUUUUAAAUAUUAUAGUUAGCAUUCAUACAGCAAUGAAAGAAGAAGAGGAAGAUUCUAAAGAAACAAUGGCAGAAUUAUUGAAAUAUCUUGAAGGAUAUUGGAUUGAAGUAUCAAAGAUUUCAUCAACAAAUGAAAUUAUAAAAAUUUUAAAAAUAAAUGAAAAAACUGUUAUUGACUAUACAAUUAAUUUGUUAAAAUCAAAAAUUUCUGAAGAAAAAAUUAAUGAUGUAAUCAAUAAGUUGUCAUAUGAAUAAAAUAAAAUUUUAGAUUUUAUGUAUAAAGAUACUUUAAAAAUGUUCGUUACAAAAAAUUAAUUAUAAUUGUUAUAAAAAAUUUCUAACUUAUACAACUUGUACAUAUUCUCAACAUGUUUAUAUGAACAUUUUACGUUUUUUGAAAUUAA